AUGGCUGCACAGCAGAAGAACACGCAAGAGAUAGAGAAGGCGAAGAAGCUCAACCAUGUGCCCUGGGAUGAGGAGUACGAGAAGAUGAUCUCGGGUAUGCUCUACAACGCCUUCACCCCGUCCCUAAACGCCGCCCGCUUCAAAGCCCGCGCUUUCGCCCACAAAUACAACACAUGGUUCCCCGACCCCGCCACAACCGACGAAAGCAAGGGUUUCGACAUACUCGCCGCAGAACGCCUGAAGAUGCUCAAACAGAUCAUCGGCCAUGUGGCUGACGAUGAGAUCUUCAUUGAGCCCCCUUUCAACAUCGACUACGGCUGCAACAUUUCCCUAGGCAAACGUUUCUACGCAAACUUCAACCUGACUAUUCUGGAUUGCUCGCUUGUUACCAUAGGGAACCGGUGCAUGUUCGGGCCUAAUGUGUCGAUUUUUGCCGCGACGCAUGAGAUCGAGGUGCAGUCGCGACGGGACAAUAUCGAGUAUGGAAAGCCGGUUGUGAUUGGUGAUGACUGCUGGAUUGGGGGGAAUGUGGUUAUCCUACCUGGAGUUACGAUUGGCAGGGGAGUCACAGUAGGGGCUAUGAGCGUGGUGGCAAAGGAUGUUCCGGAUUUCUGUGUCGUCAUGGGACAGCCAGCGAAGGUGGUUAAGAAGGUGGCGGAAAUUCCGGCGGAGGAGGGCGAUGUUAUGGCUUCUUAG